AUGGGAGACCUGAAGUCAGGUUUUGAAGAGGUGGAUGGCGUGAGGCUCGGCUACCUCAUCAUUAAAGGAAAGCAAAUGUUUGCCCUCUCCCAAGUCUUCACGGAUCUGCUGAAAAACAUCCCGAGGACAACCGUGCACAAGCGCAUGGAUCAUCUGAAAGUGAAAAAGCACCACUGCGAUCUGGAGGAGUUGAGGAAACUCAAGGCGAUCAACAGCAUUGCCUUCCACGCCGCCAAAUGCACGCUCAUCUCCCGGGAAGACGUGGAAGCCCUCUAUACCUCCUGCAAAACCGAGCGCGUGCUCAAGACCAAGCGCAGAAGGGCCAGCCGGGCCCUGGCCACACAAGCGCCGCCGCCAGAGCGCGCCGCCGUCGCCGCCAGCCCCCGCCCGGCUUUUUGGAAGGACAAGCACCAACUUUGGCGGGGCCUGAGCGGAGCCGCGCGACCCCUGCCAAUCAGCGCGCAGUCCCCGCGCCCCGCCGCCGCCGCCGCGGCAGCAGCAGCCGCCUACUACCAGGCAUCAGCGGCCGGGCCCCAGCCCAAGUCGGCGGCCGGUGCUGGAGGGCCGGUAAGCCUGACCUACCGGUGCAAGCGCAAGCGCGGGGUCGCCAAGGACUGCCUGCUUGCGCCCCACGCCGGCGCCCGGCGUCUGCUGCUGCUACCCAGGUCCUACAAAGCCAAGGCGGCGGCGGCAGCAGAGGCGGCCGCCGGGGCCACUUGCUUGGAAAGGUUUCAUCUGGUCAACGGCUUCUGCCCCCCUCCUCACCACCACCACCACCACCACCACCACCACCACCACCACCACCACCAUCACCACCGGGCCCAGCAGCCGCCGCAGAAUCACCACCUCCCUCAUCACCACCGGCCACAGCCCCAUCUGGGCAGCUUUCCCGAGAGUUGUAGCAGUGACUCCGAGUCCAGCUCCUACUCGGACCAUGCCGCCAACGACUCGGAUUUUGGCUCCAGUUUGUCCAGUUCCAGCAACUCUGUGUCUUCUGAGGAAGAGGAAGAGGAGGAGGAAGGAGAGGAGGAGGAAGAGGAGGAGGAGGAAGAGGAGGAGGGGGGCAGUGGGGCCUCGGACUCUAGUGAAGUUAGCUCAGAGGAGGAGGACUCGUCCUCGGAAUCGGACUCCAGCUCUGGAUCCAGCCAAGUGUCAGUGCAGAGCAUCCGUUUCAGGCGCACCAGCUUCUGCAAGCCUCCCAGUGUGCAGGCGCAGGCCAACUUCUUGUACCAUCUGGCCUCCGCCGCCGUUGCAACCAAACCCACUGCUUUCGAGGAUGCAGGCAGACUUCCCGACCUCAAGAGUAGUGUCAAAGCGGAAUCGCCAGAGGAAUGGAAUCUGCAGAGCUGGGCCUCCAAAGCGUCUCCGGUGUACUGCCCAGCCAGCCUGGGGAGUUGUUUCGCAGAGAUAAGGAACGAUAGGGUAUCUGAGAUUACAUUCCCACACUCUGAAAUUUCCAGUACUGUAAGGAGAACUGACCUGACAAUUAACUGCCUGGCGGAGGGAGCCUCUUCACCUAGCCCAAAGACAAACAAUGCAUUUCCACAACAAAGAAUACUCGGAGAGGCUAGGAAAUGCCUACAAGCAACUCCUACUACACACUGUGCAGAUAACAACACAAUAGCUGCUAGGUUCUUAAAUAAUGAUUCUUCAGGAUCUUCAGCAAACUCAGAAAAAGAUUCCAAAAUCCUUCAUUGUACUGAAUUUGCUGCGGAUUUGCCCUCUUUGCAAACGGAUCCUGAGGUGGAUGCAGCAACAACUAAAGCCGAGAAUCCGUGCACUGACACAGGCGACAAGACAUUGCCAUUUCUGCACAAUAUUAAAAUCAAAGUAGAAGAUAGUAGUGCUAAUGAAGAAUAUGAACCUGACCUUAUUACAAAUAAGCUAAAGUGCGAGUGCAAUGAUACAAAGGGUGAAUAUUACAGUGUGACUGAAAGUAAGGAGGAAGACACCUUGUUAACUACAGCCAAGGAAGGUUUUGCAUGCCCUGAUAAAGAAACUCCUUCCUUAAAUCAUCUGGCUCAGAGUCAGGGCCAUUCAUGCACUUUAGGUUCUCCAAAACCUGAGGAUGGGGAAUAUAAAUUUGGUGCCAAGGUGAGAAAAAAUUACCGGACACUAGUACUGGGAAAGCGACCUAUACUUCAGACACCUCCAGUCAAACCAAAUUUGAAAUCAGCUAGAAGCCCUCGUCCUACAGGUAAAACCGAGACACAUGAAGGAACACUGGAUGAUUUUACAGUUAUAAAUAGACGCAAAAAGGUAGCCAGCAAUGUAGCAUCAGCAGUGAAAAGGCCAUUUAAUUUCAUGGCAAAUUUUCCUUGUCCACCAUCACUCAUUAUUGGGAAGGAUGGGGAUUUGUGGCCGGCGUAUUCCUUAAACACCACUAAGGAUUCCCAACCUCCUCACAAGGCCCAUCCUAUAUGGAAAUGGCAGCUGGGCGGUUCUGCAAUACCUCUUCCACCUAGUCACAAAUUCAGGAAAUUUAAUUCAUAA